CGAGCAGCCUAUAUCUUAUCCGAGUGUUUUGUUCUACGUCUCCCACAAUGCACCGCUGUGGACAGUGCUGGGGGAAAACCAAUGGGAUUGGAGUUCAAACAUCUGGACGCUUCAAUGUUCCUGCUGUUUGUGUUGAGGAGUCAUCCUACGUGAAGCAAUCACACGCCUGUGCAUAGAGGAACUGUCAUUUAAGCUUGCCUUAGUAGAUCUGCCGAGAUUGCUGCUUCUGCUUCUUUUUGAUUAUUGCCUCUCGCAGCAUGUCUUGGAUAGUGUAACUGACAUGUGGCCUUUUGUCUGACAGGCUGAGAGCAAAGUGUGACUUUCCACAAAGCGUCAUAUAUGCUGAAGCUCUUGGAUGUUAGAAGCAUCCAUCUCUCCUGUGGCUGCCCAACCCAUAGCCCCGGUUUUUUGGGGGGGGGACGGAGGAAAGAUACAGGUGCAACGCCCUUGUUCCUCAGGUUUAAUUCCACUCUUGCACACCGAGACAAGAAGCAGUGCAAUUGGUGCACCAGACUGCCUCGGAAUGGCCCACCUUGAACAAAAGCAGAUGCCAGAGAACCAUAAAAAUGCCACUGAAGUCACAAAGGAUAAGUUGAUGCCGACACGGCCUCAGCCAAUCAGAAGAUCCAAGCAAUGCUCUCCAAGCAUGGAUGGGAAGAAAUGCAGUGUAUGGAUGUUCUUGCCACUUGUCUUGACGUUGUUUACCUCAUCAGGCCUGUGGAUUGUCAGCAAACCAACAUCUUUAAAGCCGCCAUAUAUAAGUAUUGCAGGUGAUGUCCCUCCUGCUAGCUGUGUAUUUAGCCAAGUCAUGAACAUGGCAGCAUUCCUAGCACUGGUCAUAGCUGUCCUCCGCUUCAUUCAGCUAAAGCCAAAGGUUUUGACACCAUGGCUCAAUAUCAGUGGCUUGGUGGCCUUUUGCUUGGCUUCUUUUGGAAUGACUCUUCUGGGCAACUUCCAGCUUUCCAAUGAUGAAGAAAUACACAACGUUGGCACCUUUUUGGCCUUUGGUUUCGGCACUAUGGCCUGCUGGAUUCAGUCCGCACUAACCCUCAAAAUAAACUUGAAGAAUGAAGGUAGAAAAGCUGGAAUCCCACGCGUGGUUUUGUCAGCGGCAAUAACUCUGUGCCUAGUCCUUUAUUUCAUUUUGAUGAAUCAGUUUAAGUUGCACAUGCAGGCGUCACGGAUCCAGUGGGGGAUGGUGAUGUGCUUCCUGUGUUUCUUCGGCUCCUUCGCGGUGGAAUUCAGACACUACCGGUUCGAGAUCAUUUGCUCCGAGUACCAAGAGAAUUUCCUCAGCUUCUCCGAAACCCUCUCUGAAGCCUCCGAGUAUCAAACGGAUCAGGUGUAACCCAACUCCCAAACUGACCAGGCGGAUGAUGUUUGAUGUCAAAGGAUUGAACUCAACGGCCCCCUUUCAUUUACCGUGAUUUAGUCUUUUUGUUUUUGCUAAUUUCUCUCUGCGGUCGCCCAAACUUUCUUCCGAAGAAUGAACCAGAUGCCUCUUUGCAUGGAUUCCAAAUAUAUAUAAAUGUUUCCAACUGAAUCGCUUUCGGUUUGAGCACAAACACCCUGCGUCAAAAUUCUGUGGAGAUUCUCAGUCACCUGGAUCGUGGUUGUCCCAACUGGACUUUUGUUUUUCCUUGAAGAUGUUUCGCUACUCAUCCAAGAAGCUUCUUCCGUUCUGACUUCAGUUCCUUUCAGUUCUUCACUCAGAACGGAAAAAGCUUCUUGGAUGAGUAGCGAAAUGUCUUCAAAGUCCGGUUGCUUUUUGGAGGGGGGGAAAAAAAACCCUCCACCUCUUUCAGGACAUUCUUGCCUGAAAUACAAGCGCAAAGCGGGAAACUUCCUCCACGUUUUCCGGGCUCAAAGCAGAGCAUUGCUGGCGCAUUUCGCCCAAUGUGCAAAACAUUCCGAGUCUUGCUUAGGAUAAGUGGUUGUGCUUUUAGGACAGGGUGCUUGGCCCACCAAAUGGCUCAGUUUGAAAUAUUUUGUCUACACUACCUCUUUGCUCUUUUUUUUUUUUUUUUUGCUUAAGGCAUUUUAUAACACGGUAUGAGAUGUUGGGUUUACGUUUUUCCCCCCAUAGUUCCUUUGUGACUGGCUGAAAGAACUUACUAAUUUCGCAUUAUGUUAUGUUAUGCAAGAGGCAGCAGAGAACUAUGAACAAUUGCUAUCUGCAUACUGUACAGUAUAUGCGGUUGCACCUUGACUAUGAAAAAUGGAAAGGGAGGGUCGUGUUACCUGCAAGAAGACCAGGGUUACGCAGCAACCAUGGUCCAUGGACAUAUCACAGGGCAUCGACCGGGUGGUGGUGGUGUUAUCCAGAUUUGCAAAACCCAAGUGUCAAGUUGCAAUGCAAGCUGCAUCUGAUGUCUAUUAUGCACACACCAUACAGAAGACGGGCUAUGCCUGUGACAGGGUUAGGAGUGUGAUACCACAGUUAGUAUCUUGCAGAUCAUUGUGCGUGUAAGCUUUACUAGAACCUGUACAUUUGGCCAUGGAAUCUACAGUUCCCACGUCGAUUAUGGUGGAGGUUUGCAAACCGGUUUCCUGUGUUACUGACUUUAGGGGUUCAGUCGUUUGCUGAGGUGCAAUCUUAUCUUUCCCUCCCAUUGUUUUUUGCAUUUUAGACUGUCCAAUUUUACUGCAGCCUGGUCCAUUCGAGUGAGCAGAUGGUGCUUGACUUCACAAAAACCAGACCUUUGAUUGCCUUCCCAUAUUCUGGUGCUUUUGCCACCCUUUAUACUGAAAAAAAGUUCACUUCUCACUGACUUGGGGAACAAGAAGACAAAGAAACAGGGACCUUUUUGUGCGGCUUCCCUCUGGGGCCCGGUGAAUGGAUGAUGGUCUUGUUAGGAUUGGGAUAGGAUAGGAUUGUUUCUGAGCCUUUAAUAUUGGCAUAGAGGCAGGAAUCUCAAGGGCCUCUUCCUGCAAAAUCCUCUUUCCUAGGCGAUUUUUCCAAAUUGCAUAUGACUUUUCUUUUCCCCAUAUAAGGCCUGUACAUUUAACAUAUCUUUUUUUUUUCAGAGUUUGGAAGAUGUUUCUAUGCUGGAAUUUUAAGACUAGAUACGCCAGUGUGAAGCUGUGGGGUAGAACUGUUACUUAAGGAGAAAAGUGUAACGUGGCUUGAAGUGGCAAAAAUAAAAUAAAAUCAGCAGAGGUUGGAACGUUCAAGUAGAACAUUCAGUUGCCCCUUGUAAAGGGGCAAUUGAAAAGUUGCUAAUUUGCCAUAUGGAAUAAUCAAAUCACUACAGUUGAAGGUCUAGACUUUUGGGAUGAAAU